AUUUUUACAACCCCUCUCGCUCCUCCAUUCGCACUGUACAGAAAUAUUUCAUCAUGGCGCCGGGAAACGGCCCUCAACUUCGCGACAAUGUCUCCCGGGUUAAGCAGUCCUCGCCCGCAGGAAAGUCCAUCUUCGUGGGUCUUCGUGCUGCAGACGUGUUCUGGCAGUACAACUUGCUCUAUCGAGGUUGGGGUAUCCGGUUGAUCGAGAAACUCGGCGGUCAUUCUGUGCAUUCCUCUCUGGUCCUCAAUCCUCUGACCGUCACCGGGCUGCAGCCCUAUUAUGGGUUGGUAACUCUUCUAUCGCUGGGCAGUAGCGUCAAGCAAAUAGUGCACAUUAUCCUUGUCUCCGAACAGGCAAUGGAUGUUGGCUCCGGUUGUACCAUUGGCUUCUUUAAUACCAUUUUCAACACUAUCAACACGCUUCUGUCUCUCUGGGCAGUGGCCUCCCCGGCUGCAUCCAGCCUCGAAUCGACAAGCUUGCUUGAUACAUUUUCAUCUCCAUUGAUUGCUGUCGGAUCGACUGCCUAUGCCAUCGGUCUUUUGGCCGAAGCAACAUCGGAGUUCCAACGCAAGGCGUUCAAACAAGACCCUAAGAAUAAAGGAAAGCCUUAUGGCGGUGGUCUCUUCUCUCUUGCCAUCAAUAUCAAUUACGGAGCCUAUACCACUUGGCGAGGCGCUUACGCCCUGAUCUGUGGAGGUAUCCUUUGGGGCGCAACGACCUUCGGUUUCUUCUUCCGUGAUUUUGCUACCCGGGGAGUGCCCGUCUUGGACGAGUACAUGUCUCAAAGGUACGGUGAUGCGUAUCGAGAGAUCAAAGCUCGCGUUCGAUACUCGUUGAUCCCUGGUAUAUACUAGGGCCUGGGGCUGUUAGGCAAGGGAGGAUGUAUUGAGGCGAAUUAGUGGUUCGCUGGCUAGAUGAGUCGUUAAUCUAUUGCCAUAUCUGAUACUGCGGUAUAUGCACGCAAGCUCUGAGACCGUGGAGAAUUUUGGUGUCCCGGAGGCCACACUGCAUAAUGAGGCCACCGCGUUGCUACGUACUUGAAUGCAACGUCUCACUUGUUCUGGGUGGGAGCAAGCAACCCACUCGAGAACAGGCUAAAAAUUG